AUGGAUCUGUUACAGAUGGUUUCUCGUCAAGUCGCUCGUCUUACCAUCGUAGCCCAGAGCCGUCGGGCCGUCGCCUGGAGCCGACUUCAGCUUCUGCGCCGAGAAGAGCGUUCAGCUCAGGCAACUGCUUCUUCAGUCUCCGCCGUGGCUGCUCGCCAGCGUGAGCACGCUCGUGCUGUGCGUUCCGCCGCUCGUGCUCGGGCAUCAGUUCGCCAAGCUCGUGCUCAGCAGUUGGCUGCCAAGGACGCUCAGCAGCAAGCUAUCGAGGAGGUUGUUAUUCAAUUCAUCCUCAUCAUAUGUUUAACAGUCCCUCAACAGAUACCAAACUUUAACGCGGCUUUGAGGAAAAAUCGAGGCUGCAUUAAAUUCAAAAAAAUUUCAAAUUUGUGAAUCCAUGCGACACUGGAAAUUGGAAAUUCGUGAGUCAUGAAAAUAUUUAAGCCAACCGAGAGCGCGGUACCGCAACUACCAUCGGAUUGUUCUCAGGCUCCUGAUUCUGAGGAUCAGGUGGUGCCCUCGGUUCCGACCGAGUCGCUGGCCGAUGUACGUUAA